AUGCUAAGGCUUAGACUGCUCGACUUCCCGAUUCCAACCGAAUACAGGAAGAUUGUCGAAAACAGCCAGGGACAGAGCUACAGCUUUCCCGUUGAUGCAAAUGCCAUGGACGGACAGUGCAGAACUGCUCUAUAUACAGCGGUGGCUGAUGGCCAUCUUGCCAUGACCGAAUGCCUGCUCGACUACAGAGUUCAAUUUUCGGAUGGCAGUGAUGGGUGCCCGUUUCAGGUAGACGUCUACUGUAUUCGAGGCCGGACUCCCUUGAUGAUGGCCGCUUUCAAUCAGAACAUCGGAUUGUUACAAUUACUGCUCCAGCACGGCGCCGAUGUCAACCUGCCGCUCGGCGUGCUCGAGGACAGCGACCAGAGCUUGGAAUCAGCACGAUGUGUUGGAUCCGGUUCUCUGGCAGAAGCGGCGCGCUCCGGCGGUCUUCACGUCGUUCAGCUGUUGCUCCAGAAUGGCGCGAUCGACACCGACAAUCGAGCGCUGUCCAUUGCUUCUCAGGGCAACAACGAGAAAAUUGUGCGCGUGCUGCUGUGCAAAUUGGCGCACCCGGACGCAGAGUACAAAGUUAACAAGCGAAAUGUUGACGUUGGACAGGUGCGAGUUGGAGAAUCCCUGCUCCCAUCCUCUCUCUGUCCCUCACGAGGGGCUUCACUGGCUUGGGCUUCGGCUUCACUGACGUCCGUACUUCCGGACUGGUUCGUAGCCGCCGCCCUCCACGUCAAUCCGAGGCUAAAAACGACCAGGCUUGCCCUGGCCGCUAUCACCCGCGUCGACCUCUCCUGCAACCGGCUCACCGUAUUCCCCUCUGUCCUGCUCCAAAUGCCAUCACUGCGCCUGUUGAAUUUGGCCCAGAAUCAGAUUAGUGUGAUCGAGCCCCCCUCGUACGCUGUCUCCUGCCAAUCCGUCGAGACGCUGAAUCUAUCGCACAACAAGCUGGAGGCCCUGUCCGCGCAGCUCCUAUCGACGUUGCCUUCGCUGGCCAACCUGGACAUUUCGCACAACAAAAUCACCCACCUGCCGGAGUCGAUUUGGUUGUGUCCAGCGUUAAAGGAACUCAACGCCGCCCACAAUUCCCUCUCCGCCCUGCCGUCACUUCAAAAUCGUGCCCGGCUCUCGAGGACGGCCAACGUCGGUCAAGCCCCCGACGGCCUCGUCUCCCAAGAAUCCGAGGAUACGAUCGUGGCCCAGGGCGAGAGGAUGGAGCUGAGGAGGGAGAAUAUUUGGAUGGGCGAGAUUCCGCUGUGUAAGGUGGAGGAAGAGGCUUCUGAUGUGCCGCUGUCCUCCUCCGGCACGUUGACCACGCUGAAUUUGCAAGCGAACAAGCUCUCCGUGUUCCCCUCCUGCCUGGCCUGCGUGUGCCCGCGGCUUCUCACCCUGAACCUCUCCUUCAACCUGCUCCACCAGCUCGCCCCGAUCCAAAACUGGGAGGAAGACGCCUGCGCGCAUAAACGCCACGACUCGUUGCAGUGGUGCAAGACGCUGAACGUUCUGGAUGUUUCGGACAAUCGACUGACGUCUCUGCCCUCUCAUAUCGGACAUAUCGCUACUCUGGCGGUGUUGAAUUUGAAUGGCAACAUUCCUCUCGAGACCCUCCCUGCUGAAGUCGGGCUCCUCUCCCGGUUAUGGUCCCUAUCCCUGAAGGGCUGCAAAUUGAAGGAGCCGCUAAACUCGAUGGUCAACGCCGAGCAGUGCAAGACCGUGCAGCUCGUGGCGUUCUUGAAGUCCAUCUUGGAGCAGGCCAAGGCUUAUCGGCAUAUGCGAUUGCUCUUCGUCGGCUCGCCCGGGUCGGGCCGUACAACACUUUGGGAGGCUGUCAGGCCAUACGCCAUGAUACGCCGGGCCGUCUACGUCCUCGUCUUCAGGAUCACCGAUGGAGAGGAAGGGUUGGAGCAGGCGGAGAAGCUGCUGAUCGGGAUUCAGGCCCGGGCUCCAAACGCUUGCGUAGUCGUCGUCGGCACCCAUCGCGACCACGUCACGCAAAAUGAGGAUCGCUUCUCGCCGGGAUUCUUAGAGAAAAUGGAACAGCGAUGUCGGCAUCGGUGGCUGGUCGCCGAUUCUGAUAAGAAGGGGCUUCCAAAAGUGAUCGACGUCCUGCUCCUCUCCGCCAAGCUGAAGGCCGCAGUGAAAACUGUUGCUCAAUCGAUUCUAAGAGCCGCCUGGGAAGCCAAAAUGGGCCGGGAGCGGCUGCUGGACUCGCCGGUCCCGUCGGCGCAUGUGUUGAUGAUCAAGAUCCUUCGUCAAAUGAAUGCGGAGCGCCGGGAUGGAGAAUUGGCCGUACACGCACUAAUGGGAGGCGACGAGCUGAGGGGGAGGGCAACCGCCCCCGUCAUCCACUUCACCUACCAACGCGCCGUCCGCUACCGCCGACUCUUCUCGUUGGCCUACAUGCCGGCCGGGUUCUGGUCCCGGCUUAUCACUAGGAUGAUGGGUGAUGCGUCGGUUUCAAGGGCUGUGUCCCAGAUUUUUGCCUGCGAGGAGCCGGGCGCGAUUUCGGCGCUGAGGAAUGCGCUGAAAGGUCGUGUCGUGCCAGAGUGGAUGGUGUGGGAGUCGGGGCUCGAGCUCGUUGUCAAGGGACACUCGCUUUUGAUCCUGAAACAAUUCUUGCCGUUGGCGGAAGUACGGGAUCUGCACUACGGACAGUCGGAAUGGACGCUGAAGCAUGAGGGGCACUGGAGAGCAUCAGCCUCGGAUACCAGGCCGAUUGUGGAGGUGCUGAUCCCGUCAUUGAGCAUGACGGUCGUGUUGGAUGGCUCGAAUCGCGUCGAAAUGGGCGUGGAUGAAGCGGCUGCGGCUUCCCUCCUUGCACUCGUCACCGAUCUGGUAGAUACCCUGCUAGAAGAUUGGUAUCCAUCCCUCGGCACUCGCUUCGUCCACUCGUCGGAGGGAGAUCUAUUAGUGCAGCGGCUGAUCCCGUGCCAUCGGUGCGCCUCCGAGGAGAUACAGAUGACGGAGGGGAGCCACGACGACUCGGCGCUACCCGGGACUCCUAUGGACGGGGGGAGCAGGAAGAGCUCGAUCGGCCUACGCUCACGUACCCUGAACGACAUGAGACUGGGCCGGAAGCGGUACGCGUACACGAUCGAGGAGUGCAUAAGUGGUGAGCUCGUGGAUGCGGCUGUGAAGAUGUUGGAGCCGGUGGAUCCAGGGCAAGCUCGCGGGAGCGCAGUGAAUGCGUAUAGGGCCGGUCUCGCCAAAUGGGAGCGAGACGAGGGCGAGAACGCCUGCCGAGCUUACUGUACUUGCCGACAAGAGCUGUUCCUCCUGGUCCGGAUGCGCCAUCCGUCGGUGCUGAGCCUCCUUGGCGUCUCAUUCCCGCCGCUGUCGCUGGUCGUCGAGCUGGCGCCGUUAGGGGCGCUCAGCCAGCUUCUGUCCUCCUAUCGGAAAAGCGGAUGUAGAUUGGGGCUGCAGGUGUUGACGGAUACGCUGACGCAGGUGGCCAAAGCCCUCGAAUACCUCCACCAACAGCAUAUCAUCUACAGGGACUUGAAAAGUGAGAACGUGCUCGCUUGGCGAUAUCCGCCGCCAUUUGCCAAUUUAGUAGAGGUGCUCGUGAAACUCGGCGACUACGGCAUCUCGCGCUCCAUCCUCCCGUCCGGCGGCGCCAAGGGGUUCGGCGGGACUGAGGGGUUCAUGGCGCCCGAGAUCGUGCGCUUCAACGGCGAGGAGGAGUACACGCAGCAGGUCGACUCCUUCUCGUUCGGGAUGUUCUGCUACGAGCUGCUAUCAUUGCGAUUGCCUUUUGAUGGUGAAGAUCACGUCAAGGAGCGGCUUCUCGAUGGAGCUAGGCCAUUUUUGCUGCCUCAUGAGCUCCUCCUCCCCUCCCUGAUGCUUGACACGAUGGUACUUUGCUGGAGAUCAUCACCCUCCCUGCGCCCAACAUCUUCCCACCUCGUCUCCCUAGUCGGCGCUCCUGAGUUCCCACGCCUUCUGGACACCCUGAAUCUCUCCUCCCUCCACGCCCCGCCCCCAUGCCUCGCCUCAAUCGUCACCACUGAAGAUUGGGAUGACGAUGAACUUGAUGCUGAGGUUUGGCUGACGGCCAGCGAUAACACCCUUCAUUGCCUCUCCUGCACGCAGUUUGGAUGGACGGAGCAUCGGCGCACCACCGUCCCGAUCUCCCCCACCUGGCUGCUCCGAGGUGCCGAAACCGGCACGAUGUGGGGCGUGUCUAGGAGCGGAACGUUGGCCGUCUUCUCGGCUUCCCUCAACCAUUCCACGAAUUUGGAUCUUCCGGUUGAUGGCCAACAAGUUGUCUGCCGUCCUGCUCUGUUGUCAUCAGAUCUGCUCUGCCUUCCAUGCACCUCCUCGCUGUGCCUGAUUCGGAUGGAUUACGCCUUCAGUAUAUCGCUGCUAGCUCGCCACCCGGCCACUGCUAUCAAGGGGUUGAUCGCGUUGAAUGCUGAUGAAGCUAGACAAGUCUGGACGGGCCACGACGACGGCGUCAUCCAGGCGCACACCAUCGGCAGUGACGACCGCUUCUGCUUCGCCAGCUCGUUGUCGCAUCCGGAAGCGCAAGGCCCGAUUGACCUCCUCGAAGCCGACGCCGCCUGUCGAAACGUUUGGGCGGCGAGUACUUGCGGUUGCCGUGUUUUCUGUUGGGACGUCGCACGUCGCGUCGUCGUCUCGAUUCUGAACAUCCGGAAAGUGGCGCCCGGCUGGGAGACGAUCUCGGCCACCUUUCCGGGGCUGCUCUCCAGCUCGGUGGUGACCUCGUUGGCGCUGCUGGACCGCGGGUCGGCUUCGACGUUGUUCAUCGGCACCUCGGCCGGCGUGCUCAUCGCGGCGAACGCGUUGACGUUACAACCGAUGCUCGCGUGCCGCCCAUACGAGGGCACCCUCACCUCGUUGACGAUUAUCGAGACGGGUAGAUGGAACGACGAGUCGAGAAGACGGGUCUCUGUACAUACGAGCGACUCGAUGGGCAGCUUGACGUGGAUGCGGGACCGCGUCUCCGAGACGGUCGAUCGGCUACGAGGCGCACCUCAGAACAGUCCGAUUCCGCCGGGCGGCCGCCCUCCAGCGGUGCUCGUCUCCACCGGCACGCGCUACCGCAGCGCCACCGAACGCAUCUGCGGCCCGGAGAGCGCCCCGACGACUACGCUACACUCCGCUGUCGUACACCCCGUCACCGCCAUCAUCUGGAAGGCCGACGAGUGGCUGCCU